AUUCGCUUCAAUAACCGGAAUAUUGUUGACAUGCCUAUGUGUUUUGUCAUGAUUCAGUAGUUCAAUUCAUUUCAAUGUGUCGACUCGUCACUCGUCGAGUCGAGUAGCUCGCGAGUUAUAUAUCCCUAAUCUUUUCGUUGAAGAAUAGUCUUGUUUCACGAGCUUUACUAGUGUUAUUCAGUUUUCAACAUAACUAUGUUUCAGUGUAGUGUAUGCGAUAAGACCUUUACUAGAAUCUCUAGUCUAAACAGACAUACCGAAUCACACGAUGUAUCCAAUGAGAUUUCUUGCAGUACACGCUCAGAGAUAUUCACGCGAAAAGAUAACUUCAUCAGACAUUGCAAAAAUAAACAACAUUCAAAUACUGUAAUCCAACAAAAAACCAAGCAAAAAGCUAAAAAAAGUUACGAUUAUAAAGAGAUUGUACAUAAUAAAUUAUUUGAAACAAAAACGUUAUCAACUAAUGAUGUGGACCACGAUUCAGAUACGGAUGGGAAUAUUACAGAAACAGAAACCAACGAGAUUGUACAUAAUAAAUUAUUUGAAACAAAAACGUUAUCAACUAAUGAUGUGGACCACGAUUCAGAUACGGAUGAGAAUAUUACAGAAACAGAAACCAACGUUCCAUCCACUUCAAAUCGCAAUGGUCUUAAACGUCAUCAUGUAAACAAUUUAAACGAAGCAGUAAAUGCUAAAAAAUCACACAUGGACAUCGUCAAUACCACCCAUGGUUUUAGUAAAACAGGCACAUCGCUCUCAAAGAAAAUCAAUUGGUAUUACAUGCUAAAUACAGAUGAAUUGACCAACUACAGCAGUUUUCUAGAAACAUUAAAAAGAGACUUAAUACAAUUACUCAAAUCGUUAUCAACUAAACACCCAAUUAAAUAUAAUCUAAAAUUGGAAACUACAUACAAUAGACCACAUGUCGACAAUUCAGCAGAGAAUAGGACAUUUAAGACCUCUGCCAAGAAAAUAUUCAUGGAUACAGAUAUAGAAGCCAAGAUUGAUAUAAAUUUUGCUGAUCUUUUGUCUGAAGAAGACGUCUAUACUUCGAAAGGAAGUGGAUUUACUUUACAAUCUAUAGAUGGUUUGGGGUUGGGCGUAUAUAAAUAUACACCUAUGGGUGGCUCGUCGUAUAUUCCAUUACCAAAUGACAUUAAAAAUAAAAAAGCCGUAAUCAAUCCACAAAAUUCAGACCAAAAUUGUUUCAAGUGGUCGAUUCUAGCAAAACAUGUGUUAGGCAAUAACAAGAAUCUUGUAGCCGAAAAUUAUACAUCACACGAAGAAAAAUACAAUUUUACUGAUUUAACGUUCCCAACACCUAUCGAAAAAAUAAAAAUAUUUGAAAAAAAUAACCAGAACGUAUCUGUCAACGUAUACAGUUUAAAAAAACAAAAAAAGAGUGAAAAACAUAUUAUUUAUCCACUUAAAGUUGCGGAUGAAGAAAAAAAAGAUCAUUUUGAUCUCUUACUAAUUACCAACGGGGAUAAAAGCCACUACACAUAUAUAUCAAAUUUCUCACGACUUGUCCGUGCACAAAAAACAUCACACACUGAAAGCGUUAUAUUUUGCAAACGGUGUUUCAAAUCAUAUGACAAUCAGCUCCGGAAAAAUACGCCAAGCGGACAAGCAGCACUAGAUCAGCACAAACUGAUAUGUGGACCACACAAGCCUAUCUUACCUCAGAUGCCUGCGCCCGGUACAAUGUUAGAAUUCAAUAGUUGGAAUAAAACUCAACGACACCCGAUAGUUAUAUAUGCCGAUUUUGAGGCACUUCUUGUAAAAUGUCAUGAAAGCAAAAGCAAAAAAAUAUUAGCUUUUCAAAAACAUGAACCGAUGAGCUACGGGUUUGUCGUAAAGGCUACAGAAAACGUUCCCGCGGAACUGCUAAAAAACUUCAAUAUACCACAAGAACCCAUUAUUUUCCGUGGUAAUGAGUCUCAUCGAGACGUAGCCAAAAGAUUCGUGAAUGAAGUGACAGAAGUCGCAAAAAAAGUUGAAAAUUUGCUUAAAACAAACGAACCCAUCAUAAUGACCGAAGAAGAUCAAACAACACAUAAAAUGACAAAUACAUGCAAUUUAUGUAAAUGUAAUUUUUCCAACAAAAACAAUAAAGUGGCAGAUCAUUGUCACUUAUCGGGAAAAUUCAGGCAAACAUUGUGUAAUACCUGCAACCUCAAGCUUCAAACACCGAGUUUCAUACCAUGCUUUAUACACAAUUUAUCAAAUUAUGACGCACAUUUUAUCGUAACCGAAUUAGGUUACGAUUCCAAAACUAUUUCGGUUAUUCCAAAUAGCGAAGAAAAAUUAAUUUCAUUUUCAAAAUACGUGAAUAAAUACUUUUCAAUACGAUUCAUAGACUCAUGCCGUUUUAUGGCCUCCAGUUUAUCAACACUCGCAUCAAAUUUAAUAACAUCUGGGUUUGAGAAGUUCAGAGAGACAGCAAAAAACUUUUUAACCGAAGAUAUGCAGCUCGUUACUCGUAAAGGUGUAUACCCUUACGACUAUACUGAUAGUUGGAACAAACUUAAAGAAACGAAUUUACCAAAAAAAAGCGAUUUUUAUAGUGAACUAACAGAAUUAGAUAUAGACGAUUAUGAAUACGAGCACGCCAAGACUGUAUGGAAUCAUUUUAAAUGCAAAAAUCUCGGAGAAUAUAGCGACCUUUAUCUCAAAAUCGAUGUUUUAUUAUUGGCCGAUGUAUUUGAAAACUUCAGAGACAUGUGCAUUUCAACAUACAAUUUAGACCCUGUUUACUAUUAUACCGCUCCAGGAUUCAGUUUCGACUGCAUGUUAAAAUGUACUAAGAUCAAACUAGAACUACUCUCUGACUUUGACAUGCACUUAUUUUUUGAAAACUCAAUCCGCGGUGGCCUCACACAAGCUAGCAUGAGGUACGCUAAAGCUAAUCAUGAAAAUACCCCAGAUUAUGACACGAAAAAUCCUAAAUCGUGGAUAGUUUAUCAAGACUGCAACAACUUGUAUGGGUGGGCAAUGUCACAGUAUAUGCCCUAUGGUUAUUUUGAGUGGGUUGAUCCUAAAUUAGACGGACUAGAUGUUUUAACACCUACCUCAGAUAUAGGUAGAGUGUAUGAGGUAGACAUAUCAUACCCACAACAUUUACAUAACAAACACAACGAUCUACCAUUUUUACCCGAGAAUAAAAUUCCUCCUGGCUCAAGAGUAAAAAAACUUGUAGCGACACUUCAUUCCAAAAAAAAUUAUAUCAUCCAUUACCGCAACUUACAGCAAGCUAUAGCAAAUGGAUUAAUCGUAGAAAAAGUACAUAGAGUUUUAGAGUUCAGACAAUCGGAUUGGCUUGCGACAUAUAUACAUUUAAACACCGAAAUGAGGAAAAAAGCUGUAAAUGAGUUUGAAAAGGAUUUCUUCAAACUUUUAAAUAAUGCAGUUUUUGGGAAAACCAUGGAGUCUAUGAGAAAACGUAUUAAGAUGGAACUAGUUUCAUGUCCAAAUAGAUUGCAAAAACUUCUGAAUGAACAAACAUUUAAACAUUGCACAACAUACAGUGAAAAUCUAGCUGCUGUUUCGCUAGAAAAUAAAAUAAUCGAGUUCUGCAAACCGAUAUAUAUAGGUUUCGCAGUACUAGACAUAAGUAAAACCCUGAUGUACGACUAUCACUAUAACGUAAUGCAGAAACAUUAUGGCGAAAAAAUCGAGCUCUUGUACACAGAUACAGAUUCUUUAGUAUAUUAUAUCCAGACUGACAACUUUUACAAUGACCUGGCAAAUAAUUCUAAUUUACUCGAUCGAAUGGACACGGCAAAUCUACCCCAGGAUCACCUGUGUUACAUUGCUGAGAGAAAGAAAAUUCCUGGACUAUUUUCUGAUGAAACCGAUGGACGUAUUAUAAGAGAGUUUAUAGCACUCAGAGCAAAAUCAUAUGCUUACAUUUUAGAAGACGAGGAGAAAAUUAAGGCAAAAGGCGUCCAAAAGCAUGUAGUUAAAAAUCAUAUGACUUUCGAAAAUCAUAAGAAAUGUCUUUUUUCUGAUGAUGAUAAAGACAAGUCUAACCUGUAUAGGGAAAAUAUCUCUAUCAGAUCAUCCAACCAUCAGAUUCAAACGACUAAAUCCAACAAAUUAUGCUUCAACCAACAUGAUGAUAAGCGGAUAGUACAAUCCGAUAAUAUACAUACCUACGCCCACGGACAUUUUAAGAUCAACUGUUAAUAUUAUAUUUGAAAAGAGAUUUGUUUUUUUUUUUUUAAAAAAUUGUAUACAUUAUUUAAUUAUACCUCGUAAGUGUUAACACACACAUAUAUAUAUAUAAAUAU